AUGGCCGUCGAAAUCUCGGCCCAGAGCAGAAAACGUAGCCGUGAUGAUUCUGAUCCGCUUUCCCCCUCAUCGACGGUCGAUCUCAAGCGGCAGCGGCUAGAUGCUGGAUCCCCUGCCGUAGGGGAUAGUCGGUUCGGAGCGAUUGCGUCGGCGAUUUCGGGCGUGUUUGGAUAUAGACGACAGUCUGUCGGGACCGCAGAGCAGACUGCACAAAAUGGACAGAAUGGACACGCUGAUGCUCGUUCAGCGUAUCCUGAGCCGUCAGAGCCCCAAGCGGCGAUGACAAGCCUCCCUUCUGCCAGCGUAGCUCCGGUACCGACAGCAACAUCGCAUACAAUCAUACCUGCAGCAGAACCUGCACCUCAUACAAAUACGAAUACAGCCUACGCUCCCACCGCAGAAUCGCCGGCUUCUGCAAGCAAAGCGGGAUCAACAGGCCUCUCCGCACCCGCUGCCGCCCCUCCAACGAACCGACCGCUUGGCCGAAUCGAAAUCCGACUCCCAACCAUGUCUGGACCCCCUGCUGGCCUGCCUUGCCUACCUGGCUUACCUGGCAUUAAACUCUCUGCCCUGAAAGGAACAAAAUGGGACCCUGAUGCUGGCAAGGGAGCCAAGCCUGGCAAGAAGAAGGCUGGUCGGCCGCCCAAGGUUGCCAUCAGCGCACCCGCACCUCGGGGAGGCUUCAACCCUGGCAUCAAGCCAAUCUCUAUAAACACGGAAGACUUUGCUGACCAAGAAAACGAUCUAUUCAACAGCCCUAGCGGCACACCGACCAAGGCACGCCCCUUUGCCCACACCCCCAAGGGAAUUCUUACACCUACCAAAGCACGAGGAGGGAUCCGCUCCAGCAAAAGUGUCAAGUUUGACAGGCAUGGCGAGGUCUUCUUUGACGAUUUACCAAAGAGCCCCCUCUUUAAACCGAAGCCGUCACCGCGUAAACGAAAGCAGGAGGAGGAAGAGGACGAUACUAUCACCUGCGCCAUCUGCUCGAAGCCACACUCCAAGCCGCCGAACGAGAUUAUAUUAUGUGAAAACUGUGACUUUGCUGUUCAUCAGGAGUGUUACGAUGUACCUGAAAUCCCCGAAGGCGAUUGGCUAUGCAAAUCUUGCGCCCAGUAUGAUGUGGCAAAGCCCAAGCCAGAAAUGAAGGAGGAACCAAAGGCCGAAGUCAGAACAAUUGAUCGACCUGAUAUUCCCAAUUUGGAUAAACAUGUACGUUCGCUGCAGCGGGUACUACUGGACAAGUGUACCGGCCGUCGAAGACUGCGCAUGGCUGGGCAAGAAGAGGCUGCGGAGAAGGUACGGCAGCUUCUCGAACAGACUGUCCUCGCGGGAGAAGGAAACUCGAUGCUCCUCAUUGGCCCACGUGGAAGCGGAAAGACUACAAUGGUGGAAAAUACCAUUGCUGACCUCUCACGAGAGCAUAAGCAUGCCUUCCAUACUGUGCGAUUAAACGGCUUUAUUCACACCGACGACAAGCUGGCGCUCAAGGAAAUCUGGCGCCAGCUCGGCAAAGAGAUGCAAGUGGAAGACGACCUGCUUCACCGUUCUAACUACGCAGAUACCAUGACUUCUCUCUUGGCCCUCCUCUCUCACCCCGAAGAAAUUUCGGGGACAAGUGACGGCAUGACCUCCCAAUCCGUCCUCUUUGUCAUUGAUGAAUUCGACAUGUUUGCUACACAUCCCCGCCAAACCCUCCUUUAUAACCUCUUUGAUAUUGCUCAAUCUCGAAAAGCACCCAUUGCCGUCUUGGGCUGUACGACUCGUCUCGAUGUCGUAGAGACACUGGAGAAGCGCGUAAAGAGUCGCUUCUCACAUCGCUAUGUGUACUUGUCACCGCCAAGGAAUCCGCUGGCGUACUGGCAAGUUUGUAAACAAGGUCUCACCGUUACAGCGGAGGAUGCUGCCGGCGAGGGCCUAGACGUCGAGCUCGAAGGCUUUGCCGAGUUUAUCAAGUACUGGAACUUCAAGAUUGAGGACCUCUACACUCAGCGAGCGUUCCAGGACCUUUUGCAGUUUCACUACUACACGAGCAAGUCGGCAUCCACCUUCUUUACUGAAUGGAUCCUGGCGCUUUCGACGCUCAACCUGAAGGAUCUACGCAUCAAAGUCCCAACAGCAUCCUCGCCAAUUACAUCGCUGUCGCCUCCCGACUCCAAAAUGUCGUUACUGGCUUCCCUGUCCGAUCUUGACCUGGCACUGCUUAUUGCUGCGGCACGCCUUGACAUUGUGGCACACACAGAUACUGUAAACUUUGCCAUGGCCUACGACGAGUACGCGUCGAUUGUAGGCCGCCAGCGUGUGCAGUCUGCCACGUCUGGCCUCUUGGCUGUGGGAGGUAGCGUGCGUGUCUGGAGCCGCGGCGUCGCCGGCAUGGCUUGGGAGCGGCUGAUCAGUUUAGGGCUGCUGGUUCCAUCUGGAAUCGGUGGCGGCGCGCGCAGGGUGGGCGGCCUCGAAGGGCGCAUGUGGAAGGUGGAUGUUGCUCUGGAGGAGAUUCCUGCUGCGGUCAAGCUUAGCGCCGUCAUGGCCAAGUGGUGUCGCGAGAUUUGA